CCGGCCGGCCCGGCCCGGCCGCCUCCCGCCGCGCUCAGCCCCGGCCGCGGGCAGCGGCCCCGCCGAGGUGCCCAAGGGGCGGCGGCGGCGCUCACCGGGGGGCGGCGGUGGGUGUGUGCGGCGGGCGCGCCGCGGCCAUGGGGGCCCGCGACCGCGGCCAGGCGGGCCCGGAGCCGGCGUGGCCGCCCCGCCGCUCGCCCACCUGCUCCCCGCGCCCUCCUCCUCCGCCGGCUGCCCGCCCGGCCCGGCUCGGCUGUCGGGUGCAGCGCGCGGUCCCUCCCGCUCGCCCUUCCUCGCCGCCGCCGGUCCCCGGCGCCAAAACCCGGACUGGAUUCCCGCCGGCCGCGGCUCCGCCAGGCGCGGGGCGCUGGGGCCGCGCCGCCUUCGCCCGGAGCCGCGGGCGGAUUUGGCUGCCGGGCAGGCCGGCCCCCGCCGCCCACCCGCCUCGGCCCGGGAGCGCCCUGCCGGCCCUGCCCGCGUGUGCUGUGUUCACACCGCAGCAGGGCACGGGUGCCCGACAGGACAUUGCGGUGCUGCAGCGUGUCCGGAGAAGGGCAACAAAGCUGGAGAAGGGUCUGGAGCACAAGUCCUGUGAGGAGUGGCUGACGGAGCUGGGGUUGUUUAGGCUGGAGUAAAGGAGGCUCGGGGGGACCUUAGUGUUUUCUACAAGUCCCUGAAAGGAGGCUGUAGCCAGGGAGAGGGCGGCUUUUUCUCUCAGAUAAGCAGUGACAGGACGAGAGGCUAAAGUCUUAGGCUACGCCAGGCAAGGUUUGGGUUGGACAUCAGGAGGAAUGUGUUUAGAUAUGGGACUGAGCUGCCCAGGAGAGGUGGUGGAGGGAGUCGCCGACCGUGGAGCUGCUUAAGGAAGGACUGGGGAUGACACUUGGUACUAUAAUUUAGUUCACCCGGUGGUGUUCAGUCAUACGUCGGAUCCGAUGAUCUCGGAGUGAUCAUUGAAGUUCUCACUCCAGCUGGGAGGACAG